UCUUUUUUUUCGCUGUUGUUAUUGUUCGUACACAAUUGUAAAAAUUACAGAAUUUAAGGAAAAUAAAUUUUCAUGUUUUAAAUAUUUCUAAAUAUAUAAAUAACUUCAAAUUUAACAUGAAUAUUUCCAAAGCAACUGGAGAACAAAAACUUCAACUUUGUCGCACAUAUUUUCGUGCUGGUUUUGCUUUAUUGCCGUUUCUGUGGGCGGUAAACUUCUGUUGGUUUUUCAAAGAAGCCUUUACCAGACAAACAUAUCCGGAACAGUCACAAAUAAAAAAGUAUGUCAUUUACUCAGGCCUAGGGACAUUCGUGUGGACAGUGGCUUUAACGGUAUGGAUUAUUAUAUUCCAAACACAACGUGCCGAAUGGGGAGCAACAGCAGACUAUAUGAGUUUUAUUAUACCACUGGGAAAACCUUAAAUCUGGAGAUGUUUCUACUCUUUUGAUAUAUAAAAUAAGUUAAGUGUAAUGAAAAUUAAAGUGUUAAAUUAUAAAGUUUUUGAAUAUGGAAUCUAUUGUUUGAUGUAAACAAUGAAUAUUUGACAAAAUAUACUGUAUUAUGAUUCAUUAAAAAAUAUUAA